AUCUCCAAUUACUCAUCCCUAGACGUAGCGUUGCAAAAAAAUAACAAUAGCGUUUGAAUAGUAAACAAUUUAGGGUCGAAAUAUGAUACACAGUCUGUUUAUUGUGAACAGCGGCGGCGAGGUCUUCCUGGAAAAGCACUGGCGUUCGGUGGUCUCGCGAUCCGUAUGCGAGUACUUCCUCGACGCCCAGCGAGCCGCUCCAUAUGAUGUGCCGCCGGUGAUAGCCACGCCCCACUACUACCUCAUCACGGUGCAAAGGGACACGGUGUCCUUGGUGGCCGCCUGCAAGCAGGAGGUGCCGCCGCUCUUCGUCAUCGAGUUCCUCCAUCGCGUGGUGGACACUUUCCAGGACUAUUUUGGCGAUUGCUCCGAGUCGGUGAUCAAGGACAACUAUGUGGUCGUCUACGAGCUGCUGGACGAGAUGCUGGAUAACGGCUUCCCGCUGGCCACCGAGAGCAACAUCCUCAAGGAACUGAUCAAGCCGCCGAACAUCCUGCGCACCAUUGCCAACACGGUGACGGGCAAGAGCAAUGUGAGCACCACCCUGCCCUCGGGUCAGUUGUCGGCGAUUCCCUGGCGCAGAAGUGGCGUACGCUACACCAACAACGAGGCGUACUUCGAUGUCAUCGAGGAGGUGGACGCCAUCAUCGACAAAUCGGGAUCCACAGUCUUUGCGGAGAUUCAAGGAUAUAUUGAUUGCUGCAUCAAAUUAUCUGGCAUGCCAGACCUUACGUUGUCCUUCAUGAAUCCACGUCUCUUCGACGACGUGUCCUUCCAUCCUUGCGUGCGAUUCAAGCGCUGGGAGGCGGAGCGACUGCUCUCCUUCAUCCCGCCCGAUGGCAACUUCCGCCUGAUGUCGUACCACAUUAGCUCCCAGUCUGUGGUGGCCAUACCCAUUUACAUCCGGCACAACUUCUCAAUUAAAACGGGGGAGCAGGGUCGUCUGGAUCUGACAAUUGGACCAAGGAAUACCCUGGGACGCACCGUGGACAAAGUGAAGCUGGAGCUGACCAUGCCGCGAUGCGUGCUCAAUUGCCUAUUGACGCCGAAUCAGGGAAAGUACACCUUCGAUUCGGUAACCAAGACACUGUCCUGGGAUGUGGGGCGCAUUGAUGUGUCCAAACUGCCAAAUAUAAGAGGAUCGGUUUCCAUUACGCCCGGGACGACCAACAUCGAUGCCAAUCCGUCCGUGAAUGUCCAGUUCCAGAUCUCGCAGCUGGCCGUCUCCGGCCUGAAGGUGAACCGCCUGGACAUGUACGGCGAGAAGUACAAGCCCUUCAAGGGCGUCAAAUACCUGACCAAGGCGGGCAAGUUCCAGGUGCGGAUGUAGACGAAAUCAGCAUCCCGUUCCCGAUCCCAAUCCCGAUUCCAGCUUUACUUAAGUGCUAACGUUAAGUGUAUUCCACUGUUUUAUGUCACUCGGUGUUUUUGCCCCCGUCUCUCCCUCUCUAUCUCAUCAUUGUAUCUAUAUCUACCCAUUAAAGUUAAACUCCAAUUGUA